UUUCGUUAGGUGACUUAUACUGUGGCUUGAUUUCUUCUUUAUUGUGUGGAAAUAUCGUUCUUGUAAUUGUUUUGCGAGUUAAUUAAGUGUCAAAUUUCAAUGACAAGGUCAACGCCGUAAAUGAGUGCUUAUUCAACCGUGGUUUCAUAACAAGCGAAUAGCCAACUCGUACUUCUACAUGUUCUGCCAUACGAUUCGCGUAUGUUGUAUUAAUAAUUAAAACUGAUUUCCUUUCAACGCUGACGAGUAAAGUCAAAUGUGAUUUGUGCGUGUAAUUUUAUAUAAUUGUGCAAGCUUUAUUUUUAUUUUGUAUCACUGACUCGGAUUUAAACGUGUAGUCAUUUCAGGUCAGUGUUUACUGACACACCGUUAGGUCGAACACGACAUGUGUUACGUUUAUCAUGUGUGCUGAUAAACGCGUUUCUGAAGUUUUGUGGAGCUCGCUUUAUGUAUGUAUAUUGAUAAUACCACGCGCUUUGCACUAGCAAAAGAUUGCGAUACCAUCGCAUGUACUGAAUAAGUCAUGGGAAUAUAUCAAUCUUACACAUAUGGGACGUUCUUCCAUCUAGGCCCUUGCUAAAGUUUUCUUUGUCGCUGAAUGUUAACAUACAUACGCUUCGGUACAUAUCAUUUUGACACUUUGUUAUAUUAAAUUCAAAAUAAAAUUACAGCUAAAAUGUCGGAUAAGGAAAGGUUAAUUAACAAGGAUGCGUCAAUGAGUAUAAGUGGUUACACACCACAAGAACACGGAACCUUCGACAGAGUUAUUAGACCGAUGGCAGCGGAGUUUGUUGGAGUGGCGCUAUUUGUGUUUGUUGCGUGUUGCUCGUUGAACAGCGGCGACUUGGUUGCAGCGGCUUUAGGGCACGGGCUAACAAUCGCGCUGCUCGUUGUCGGAUUCGGUGCUAUAAGUGGUGCACAUUUUAAUCCGGCUGUGACCCUUGGUGUGACCUUGGGAGGGGGACUUCCGGUUUCCCUGCUGCCGGGUUACUGGAUAGCUCAGCUAGGCGGAGGCAUUCUAGGGGCCGCCAUUGUCAGGGGCACACUGCCGUCUAGCGUGUACGCGAGCAUCAGCGGCGGGACUCAUCAGCUCGGGAAAGAAGUCACUGCAGGAUGGGGCUUCUUGAUCGAGGUCGUCCUGACCACGGUGCUUGUACUAACGGUUCUGAUGGCGGCAGUGAAUAGGCAGACAAAGUCAAAGCUGGCUCCCCUGGCCAUCGGCUUCGCAGUCAGUGUGGACAUCAUGGCCGGCGGUCCUUUAACCGGUGCUUCGAUGAACCCAGCUCGUGCGUUUGGCCCAGCCGUGGUUGCUAGCGCUGUUGUGGAGCAUGCGUGGACAUAUCACUACAUCUAUUGGUUAGGACCCCUCACCGGAGCACUCCUAGCUGCAAUACUUUUCAGACUUUUAUUUGCGAGCCCCAAUAAUCGCUGGAUCUCAAAGCAAGAACCUUUCUGACACAGGCGGAGAAGUCAAUUAUAACUGUAAAUCGUACCGACAUGACAAAAUUUAUGUUAAAUGUGAUAAUUAGUUGCUAUAAGCACGUUUAUAAUGAAAACUUUCCGUUGAAUGUGGUUCCAUCUGCGAUUUCGAAUGUGGCUAAUAUGGACUUGUUUAGACGCAGAAUACAGGGCACAGGAUCACGGGAUACUGUAUUAAUCCCGAUGAUUAUACGCCCAGGUAUAGACAUAUAUUAUUUGCAUGACAUAUAUUUGUUAAUUAUUUAUUGUUUAAUUUUAUGACACUGAUGAAUAAAUAGUAAAUACAAA